GAGAAUCAUUCUCCACCAGUUGGGGGCGACCGUCGCUCUUAUCUGUUUGAAGCGUCCUCCCCGCGCGAGGAAGAGUGCGGUGCGGCUGUGUGUGUGUUCCUGUGUUCAGGUGUGAAAGAGAGCUCAGAGAAGCGGCGCUGCACGCGGUGUAGAGCGCCGGUAUUCUCACAGUGCUCCGGGCCGGGCUGCGGGAGAGUCUGCGGGCGCUGAGGGAGAGGAGCGGAGCUGAGCUUCAGUGAGAAGGAGCCGCGGGUCCGCCGGCCGCGCUGAGGAGAAGCAGCAGCUCUUUGUGCCUCCAGCUUUGUGAGCAGCACUUCCGAUCUGUGUCAAAUGAAGGAGAACAAGGAGAACUCCGCUCUCAGCAGCUUGACCACUAAUCUGGACCACAUCAAGCCAUGUUGGUACUGGGACAAGAAGGACCUGGCCCACACCCCAUCCCAGUCCGAGGGCCUGGAUCCGGCCACUGAGGCCCGAUACCGGAGAGAGGGGGCCCGCUUCAUAUUCGACGUUGGAACUCGACUGGGACUACACUAUGAUACUCUGGCCACAGGGAUUAUUUACUUCCAUCGCUUCUACAUGUUUCAUUCCUUCAAGCAGUUCCCGAGAUAUGUCACAGGGGCUUGCUGUCUGUUCUUGGCUGGAAAGGUUGAGGAAACUCCAAAAAAGUGCAAAGACAUAAUAAAAACAGCUCGCAGCCUGCUUAAUGAUGUGCAGUUCGCCCAGUUUGGGGAUGAUCCAAAGGAAGAAGUUAUGGUGUUGGAGAGAAUAUUGCUUCAGACAAUAAAGUUUGAUCUGCAAGUAGAGCAUCCAUAUCAGUUCCUUUUGCGUUAUGCCAAACAACUCAAAGGAGACAAGAACAAAGUGCAGAAGCUGGUGCAAAUGGCCUGGACCUUUGUGAAUGACAGCCUCUGCACAAUGCUGUCUCUUCAGUGGGAGCCAGAGAUUAUAGCUAUUGCUGUCAUGUACUUGGCUGGUCGUCUGUGCAAGUUUGACAUUCAGGAAUGGACUUCCAAGCAGUCAUCCCGUCGCUGGUGGGAACAGUUUGUGCAAGAUGUUCCUGUGGAGCUGUUGGAGGAUAUCUGCCACCAAAUCCUGGAUCUAUAUUCUCAGGGCAAGCAGCCCAUUCCACAACAGCCCCAGUUGCAGGAGAAAGACAAGCCACCGCUACCUCCUGCAGGCCAGCCAGGCCAGUCUGGAGGUCAAAACCCUGCAGCUCCACCUCCACCUAAGAAAAACUCUCCCCAGGCCAGCCCCCCACGGCAGCUUAAACGACAGCACGUUUCGCCAAAAGAAGAGUCAAAAGUUGCCACAGAGCAAAUUGGCUCUAAAAUACCACGGCUAGAGAGUCCAAUGCCUCCCUUACCAGUUACUCAGCUACUUGAUCGCAAAGGCCCACCCUUAGCCCCGGCCCCUCCAACAGAGACAGAACCAGCAGCCUCAGCUGACUCAGACUUAUCCAAGGCACCUCCUCCUCUGCCCCAUGGAGCUCCACCGCCUCUGCCUCAUCGGCCUCCACCUCCACCCCCCUCCAGCUACAUCAUGGGAAUGUCCACUUCUAGUUCAUAUAUGUCGGGUGAGGGCUUCCAAAGUCUGCAGUCCAUGAUGAAGACAGAUGCACCAUCAUAUGCCCCUAUGCCCCCUUCAUAUGGAAUGCCUUAUCACCCGCACGUUUACCCUCCUCCAAACCCUCCACCUCCUGGCCCUCCACCACCUGCAAAUUACCCACCUCCUAACCUUCCACCGCCCACCCCGGCCUACCCUCCACCAGGCUACAAUCACAAUUACCCUCCUCCUCCCCCUCGCAUGCCCCCAGGACAUGCGGUUCCUCCGCCAGGAAUAGGUUUGCCUCCUGCUGGGUAUCCCCCUCCGCCAGUCCCCCCAGGCCAGCCGCAGGUACCCAUGCCCCCUGGCAUGCCGCCAGUGUCUGGGAUGAAUCGCGGAGCAUGGAUGAGAUGAAGACGGGUUGUGUAAGGGGUGCAGCUGAAGCUCAUUUCAAAAUACCGUCUACCAAAAGCAUCAUCAGUCACCUAACUCAGGAAGGUCAGAACGUCAUUGUAUUGUUUAGUCAUGUUAUUUGUUUGUGAGAAACUCAUGACUUACACUAUUAACCUUUAUUUGAUUUUUGCCUGAUUUCUGUUUUAAGGAUAUAGAUGUAGAAUCUUCAUGUUUAGAAAUAUUAUAUAUAUGUGACGUUAGCAUGUUUUUUUUUUUUUUUUUUUGGGGGGGGGGGGGUUGCUUUUGUUUUUUUCUAAAAUGCAGAUGUAGGACAUCAGUAGGGUCUGUGUAAAUAUGAGAGGAAUCUGAUCCUUAAUGACAUCUAUUUUUACUCUAGAAAGCUUCAUGAAUGUGUCCCAACAACUCAAAUAGUUUUAAAAUGACAGCACUGACUUGGCUCCAUAUAUUACUGUUCUGUAAUCUGUUUUAUUAUUCAUAAUACAAUAGAACCAGUAACUGAUGAAUGCUUCAUUUGACCACCUAACACUGUUGGACUUUAAGACUUGAAGACAGCAAAUAGUGUUUUUUUCUUGAAAUAGAGCCAAUAAUAAAAGUAAAAUUUUUCAGGGGAAGGUUUUUUGAUUAGAUUGGUACAUAAAUUCUGUACAUAUCUCUAGAGGAAAUGGUUUGGUGCUGUACGGUAGCAUGAAUUGUCACUUGUACAUAUGUACAGUAAAAUUGUAUAAUCAGGAACAUUCAUGUUAAUGAUAGUUAUUUUUGAUUUAUUAUUAUGCUACUGUACAAUUGGAUGCAAGAAAAAUAUAUCUUUUUCAUAUAAACAAGUUAAAAGUGACCAUCACACCUAAAUGGACUAAACAGACUCUUCCGUCAUUAACUUGAUUUGUAGCCACAGUUUGUGUAAAGAGCAUUUUUAAUUAUUGUUUAUGGUAAGAACUGGAGACUUGAAGACUUGAGACUUGAACUUGAAUCUUCAUUCAAGCUUCUCCAGAUGUGCCUUAGGCAAAAUGUAGGCUUGCAGUGUUUACCAAACCAUACGUGUGCAGAUGCGUGUGUGUGCGCGGAUGUGUGCACAUGCAUAUGUGCGUGUGCGUUUUCCUCAAAACUUCUAUCACAUUGCUUGUAUGAUGCCUUCCUUGAUAUUCCACCACCCAUCUCUGUUUAAUUUAUCUAAUUUAUCUAAUUUGUUAACCCUUUUGGAAAUAUCUGGAUUUCUUUGUAAACAGGUCUUAAAGUGAGAACUGCACUUUGAAUCACAAAGAAGAAGAAUUAUUAAAUAAAUGUUUUUUCAUUUUUCUGUC